AUGGAGAACGUUCAUGAGCUACAGCAUCCUCUCCUGGCCAAGCCUUCUGGGAAGCUGGUGAUUCAUGGUAGGAUGCUAAACCAAUCCAGUCCCCAGAAACACUCCGGAUUGCUGUCUUGCCAUGUGCCACCUAGUUUUCCUUGGCUGCAGCCAGGCUCCGCAGUCCUUUCCCAUCAGCUCUUGGAUCCCAGUAGCCUGCAGAGGACAGUUGAGCCCUACUGUACCCCGGAACCGACGCUGUACCCCGAGCUGUGGAAAUCGAGCAAUCCCCAAGGAUGGAAGAAGAAAGAUUACAUUGAAACUGCCUUUGGAGAUAGCAAGGAGGCCGGUGAGCUGCCCAGGAAAGUGGCUCUGGAAAAAGACAUUCAUACCGUCUGCUACGAAGUGGGUGACACCGAGUUACCGGACCUGGAGAAUGACUCUUCCAGCGACAGCGACACAGAAAGCGAAAGCAGUUUCUCCAUGCUGCUGCCUCAGGACUACCUAGGCUUGGCUGUUUUCUCCAUGUUAUGUUGCUUCUGGCCAUUGGGCAUCGCUGCCUUCUAUCUGUCCCAAAAGACCAACAAGGCAUCAGCCAAAGGGGACUACCCAAGAGCAUGGACAGCUUCCCGCCAGACCUUUGCGUUGGCUGUCCUCUCCAUCAUCCUUGGCAUCUGUACCUACAUUGGCGCCGUGGUGGCUCUGAUCGCCUAUUUGUCCAACAAGGCACCCACCUAGACCGUCCUACCCCCUGGAGACAUACCAUCCCCACUUUCCCCCAUCAGUGUUGAAAACUAGGGAACGGGAAUUGGACACGAAGCUCAUUGGCACGUUUCCUGACAUGGUUUUCGUCAAAACAACCCCUUUGUCUCAAGACUCGGCAACCCCUUGAACCAAAAUGGGGCCAGUUGUGAAUUGGGUUGCAAUAGGCAAGAAAACUGGGCUGGGGGAUGGGAAAGGUAUGGGCACAGAGGGUGGCGAACAAGGGAGGCAAAGACCACCAGGUCUAUAUCAAGCAGUCUCCCUGGAAUCUUUCCUUUCCAGGCAAUGGAUGCCAAAUGGGGCAGCAUUUCUCCAGGCAAUCUUGCUGAAACAAAUCCAUUCAUCCAGGUUGGAUGUGUAACAGAAUUCUUGGGACUUUUGAGUAUCUCGGAUGUGCUGCUUCCAGUGUAAGGAGCGAGGAGGGACGUUGCCUAUGGACAAAAUGGACACUCCAGCCCCGAACCCUCUCUCAAGUCCUUGUGUGUCUUUGUUUUAUACAGAGCCCCAUGCUCAUUGUGGUCAAGAGAUCCAAGGCUCAUGCACACACUCCUGCCCUCAAUAAAACUGCCCUUGCACUCUG